GUUGCAGCGUAUUUGUUUAACGUUUCUAUAAAAGUCUCCCAGAAGAAGUGUGCGUUAAAUUCGUUGUGGUUUUUAUAUUGAAAUUUUGUGUUUACUUGGUGAAUAUAGUUACGAAAGGAUUCUUUAUCUGAAGCCAUGUCGAAAUCAGUCAAAGAUCGAAGACCUCCGUACGAUGACGUCCUUGUAACGGCAAUAAGAGUCCUAAGUUUACAAAACGCAGAAAUAUCGGCGUUAAUCCCGAAAUAUUUCGGUAAACCCGAAGAAGAUAUUGCGAGUUGGUUAUUCAGGAUAGAAAAUUUGCAACAACGUUUCGGACUUACUAGCGACCACAUUGUAGCUAUAGCUAUAAGUAAACUUAGGGGAGGCGCUCUAACUCAUUUCCAAAGGAACGUACCGAUCAACCCCAGUUACGAUGAAUUUAAAGAAAAUAUGUUGGGGCGGUAUUUGGAACCGUAUUUUUCGCGAAGAAAAUGGCUUCGAGAAGAAAAUUUCUUAGAUUAUUUCGAAGAUAAAGUUACCUUGGGGGAAUUAUUGAAACUCGAUGAAACCGAAGUAAUUAAAUGUAUUAUUCAAGGUAUUUCCGAUAGGAAAGUGAAAAACCGUUUCAGAAAAUGCAAAUUUCAAACUAUCGAUGAGUUUCGACGAGAUGUAAUCGACGAAUUUAAACCGAUCGAAGUGGUAGAAAAAUCGAACGAUAUCGUCGAUGUUGAUUUAACGAAUAUGACGCGAAAACAGUAUACGCAACAUUCGUGGGACCUAGUCUCCGAGAAAAGGUCCGAUAAAUUGAAAAAACAGAUGAACGUGCGGGUCACAACCAUGGACGCGGAAUUGGAAUUCGCGAUCCAACAAACAACGUCCGGCAAACAACUCUUCGACCAAGUGGUGAAAACAAUCGGUCUUAGAGAAGUUUGGUUCUUCGGGUUGCAAUAUACCGAUUCCAAAGGGGAUCUCACUUGGGUUAAACUCUACAGAAAGGUAAUGAGUCAAGACGUGAAAAAAGAAAAUCCCCUGCAAUUCAAAUUCCGCGCCAAAUUCUACCCCGAAGACGUCGCCGAAGAAUUGAUCCAAGAUAUUACCCUCCGUCUUUUUUACCUCCAAGUAAAGAACGCCAUAUUGUCCGACGAAAUUUACUGUCCGCCCGAAACUUCGGUUCUCUUAGCCUCGUACGCGGUACAAGCGAGGCAUGGAGACUAUCAGAAGGCGCUCCAUUCCGAAGGCUUCCUGGCCAACGACCGGCUGUUACCCCAACGCGUUAUGGAUCAACACAAAAUGUCGAAAGACGAAUGGGAAAAUAGCAUAAUGACCUGGUGGAAGGAGCACAAAGGUAUGUUGCGCGAAGACGCCAUGAUGGAAUACCUCAAGAUAGCGCAAGAUCUCGAAAUGUACGGUGUUAAUUAUUUCGAAAUCCGCAACAAAAAAGGAACGGAAUUGUACCUAGGAGUAGAUGCUCUCGGUCUCAAUAUCUACGAAAAAGAUGAUCAACUCACUCCGAAGAUCGGAUUCCCUUGGUCUGAAAUCCGCAACAUCUCAUUCAACGAUAGAAAAUUCAUAAUCAAACCGAUCGAUAAGAAAGCGCCAGAUUUCGUGUUCUUCGCGCCACGAGUGCGCAUCAAUAAGCGUAUCCUCGCCCUUUGCAUGGGUAAUCACGAAUUGUACAUGCGCAGACGUAAACCGGAUACCAUCGAUGUCCAACAAAUGAAAGCGCAAGCGAGAGAAGAGAAAUUGGCUAAACAGCAGCAAAGAGAGAAGCUUCAAUUGGAAAUUGCGGCGAGAGAAAGAGCCGAAAAGAAACAGCAAGAAUAUGAAGAUAGAAUUAAAGCUAUGCAAGAAGAAAUGGAAAGGAGUCAAGCUAAUCUCCAAGAAGCUCAAGAGAUGAUUAGAAGGUUAGAAGAACAACUGAAACAACUUCAAGCGGCUAAAGAAGAACUGGAAAAGAGACAGAACGAGUUGCAAGCUAUGAUGGAACGUUUGGAGGAAAGCAAGAACUUGGAAGCUGCCGAAAGGGCGAAACUCGAAGAAGAAAUCAGGGCGAAACAGGAAGAAGUUCAACGUAUACAAGAAGAAGUUGAAGCUAAAGAUAGCGAAACUAAACGUCUACAAGAAGAAGUUGAAAACGCUCGACGUAAAGAAGAAGAAUUGAAACAACAACAACUCGCCAACGCGACCAAAGGUCAUUUGGAAGAGAAUGAUCACAACGAAGACGAUGAAAUGGUUAAUGGUGAUGUUAGCCAAGAACUUAAUACCGAUGAAAAUAUCGUCGAUCCUAUCGAAGAUAGACGUACGCUAGCUGAAAGAAACGAACGUUUACAAGAUCAAUUAUUGGCUCUGAAGAAGGAUCUCGCCCAAUCUCGCGACGAAACUAAGGAAACUGCCAUGGAUAAAAUUCACAGGGAAAACGUCCGCCAAGGAAGGGACAAAUACAAGACAUUGCGUGAAAUCCGCAAGGGCAAUACUAAACGUAGAGUUGAUCAAUUCGAAAAUAUGUAAAAUUUUUCUUUUACUUAACCAGCAUUAAUCAAACCAAUUUUAGAAAGUCCUACUAUAACAAAAUAUCAAUAUUAUUUCAAAUGCUCAACGCGAGAUAAUCAUUGUUCAAAAUCUUGUUUUAAAAAAAAUUACUUUUAAGUUUUUCUUUCGGUUCAGUCUUAAUUUACUUAAUAGCUAAGUAUUAUCCAAUCCUUAUAUAUAUAUAUAUAUUUGUUUUGAUAUGUAUUACGAGCCCUAUAGGCUCCGUUAAGUGGCCUUAGAAUUUUACUACUUUUCCGCUUUGUUACACUAUUCCGCUUUUUAGUAUAAUACUUACCAUAAAUAUAUUUAACGAUGUUAUACGAAAUCGAUUUUCCAGUUGUUUUGUGAUAACUAACAAAAUUUAUAUUCGGAUUAAUUUCAAAAAAAAAAAAUGGUUUUUCCAACGGAUCCGAACUGAACUGAAACCUAAAAAUUUACACUCCAGAUCUGCAAUAUACUUGGUCCGGUAUACGGGUACAAUCUAAAGAAAACUUAUAGAAAUAAUCUAAUCGAAAUUUUCAUCACUUGUUAUUUUUAUAUAAAUAAUUACAAAUAUUUUUUUUUUUAUGUAUAAUCUAUAUAUUUUCAUUAGAUCCCGAUUCUGGGCGAUAAUUUUCAUUUUGUUCGAAAUUCUCUUAAUAAAAAGGACGCAUUCCAAUUUUUUUACGAGUAGUUUUGCUAUUUUAAUGUUAGUGUGCCAUUCGGUGAUCAAAAAUAAAAUUGACUUUAUCCUUAUCCGUUGUCAGUACAAUAAUGUUUCCGAAAAUUAAAAAUUUCAACGCAUUCAUUUUUAUAUAUAUGCAGUAAAAACUCUCUUAACCUGAAUAUAGGAGAUACGAGGUGGUCAGUGUUCGACAAAGAAAUAUUGAAAAUACAUGUACCUGUAUAUGUUUCUUUAAAACAUAAUUCCGGUAAAAAUCAUUGAAAUCAGUCUAUUUCGCAGAAAACUUCAAAUAGCCGUUUCGAUAUGUUUCGUAAAACAUAAAUUUGACCCACUUUAUACAAGUCCUACUUUAACAAACAUGAUUCUGAUAACAUUCCGUGGUGGUUAGUGGAUCUAAGUUGAAAAAUUCUUGUACCAUCAUGUUUUUGGUAUUCACCAUGUAGAGAAGUUUGAAGUUUUCUAAAUUCCGAAUGUUUUCAUUUUCUAUUUCGCUGUUUACUUUAACAAACAUAAUUAUGAUCAAAUUAUGGGGUUGUUGGGGGAUCUAUGGUAUGAAAUUGCUUGUACUAUCAAGUAUUUGGUGUUCACCAAGUAGAGAAGUGUCAAAGUUUUUAAAUUCCGAUUGUUUUCAACUUAUUCCUCAUGUAAUCUCUUUAUUUUCGGCAUGGAAAGUAAUAUUUCCACGGGAAUAUUUAAGAGAUCUUUAAUUUUACCAUCUUUUGUUAAUUUCAACAAAGCUGCUCGCUGUCAUCCCUUUAAAUAAAAUUUCUGGUUUGAAAUUUUAUGUUUCAUAAACCUCCAUUACUUAAUUUAUUAAUAUUUAGUAUACAAAACUACCCUCUGCUAGGAAUGAACAGUCUGAAAAUAAAUGUAUAAUCCAGAUUCUUAUUUUGGGAAUGGAUUACGUUUUCCCUGGUACACUUUGUAUUAUUGGAUCAACGUUUGGCUUAACCUUUAGCUAUUUGAUUGCCACAUUUUUCCAAAAAUCGUCAUAUUCUACCCUUUCUAUCAUAUUUUCUUCAAUUGUACAACUGAUUCGUCAAAUAUAAAACAUUGGCUGAUUUCUUGACCCCCGGGGUUAUUUCACUUCCUUUUGUGUUGGGGUUGUUACGGUCGAGAGAGGUUUUACUGUAUUGCAAUCGUUAUCUAAUACUCCUAUAUGUGUUUCUAUUCUUCUUUUUAUUUAAUUUACCGAGGGGAAGCUACUUCUUUUUUUAUAGUUAAGUUUUAAUUACGUGCGCACAAGAUUCGGCGUAUAGUUAAUGAGAUAGGUGCUUACAUGUCCCCAAUAUAGGAGUAUUAUAAAUGGUCACGACACUUUAAAAUGUUUUAAUUUUAUACUUACUUGGCCUGGUGCUUCCCGGAAAACUAUUGAGCAACAUUCCGUGAAUAUCUAAAUUUUAUUUUUGAAGAUAAAUUGUAACAAACAUAUACUACUACACUGGUCCUUCGUGCCGGAUUAUUUGCAGUAUGGUUUAAUUUCUAACAAAUUAAAAUUCCAAAUUAUUUUUCAUAUAUUAUGUAGUUGCUCGAUAUUCUAAUGUAAAUAACAUUUUUUUUUUCGUUUAGUUUUUUUGGUUAUCAAAUUUGCUUGCAAGUCUGAGAGAAUUUGUAUAUAUAAAAAAAUGUAUACCACGUUGCCUUUUUGUAGAGUAGAUAAUUUUGGAAGAUAUUUUACACAUAACGUUUUUAAGUAUUGAUAUAAAAAAAUAUUUUGGUUGAGGAGAUAGUAGCGUUUUUAUUUACUACGAAUAGGGAACGAACAAAAGAGUUUUUCACACCGAAUUUUGGUGUUCUAAAAUAUCGCGAGGCCGAAAUUAUAAUCAAAAAUAUUUUAUACACUUUGAUGUUUUUUUUUAUUGUUAACUUUUUUUUGUCAUAUUGUCAAUUUGUAUAAUAAAUUUAAAACUACUCCAGUAGUUCUUCUCUAAUAUUUCUAUUCUGAAUAGUUUCAUCAGUUAUAUAUUUCUAAGGGUAAAUAUUAAUUAUUUGGAAUUAUUU